CAUAAGUUUUGAAAUAAUUCACUACUUGAGACUUUUAUUCCUGUAUUUUCUGUAAUAAUUUUUAUUAGCAAUCAAGUCUAAAAUAUGGAUAUCGAAUGUACAAUAUGCCGUGCAGAAAUGAAGAAUUCUACAACUUUACCAUGCACCCAUAACUAUUGCAAAGCAUGUAUCGAAAUAUUUGUGAGCUAUCUACAACAAAAGGGCCGGACUCCAUUUUGUCCAGACUGCAGAAACUUGUUUAAAGUGACUCCCGAAGGUUAUACGGCUUUAACUGAUCACGAAAUUAAAGAUAUGUCCGAUGACGAAGACUUUGUUUUCUAUUCAGAUGAGGAAGAUAUAGACGUCCAUGCUUAAUUUAUUACACAUACAUUGAAUAAGUUAGCUUAACGGAUUAACUAAUUAGGGAGGGUGGUGGGUGUAGGGAACAUUCCAACAUGCAGCAGUAAUAUAUACACAUCUACUGUUAUAAUAUAUAGCCUUAAGCAAAACAAAAUUAAUCUAUAAUGUUGCUCUUAUACUUAUCUAGUCUUAAGUUUUAAUCGCAAUUUCAUGGAUUAGGCCUAAAGGGGAC